AUGUCGACCUUCAUCCAGAGCCAGCGGAUCACCACCCUGCCGCGGCCAGUCUGGUUAGACAAGGCGGGAUUGAGCAAAGGAAUCAAUCACGAUCGCCAGCACUUGGGGAUCAUCCUAGCGUCGGAUAAGAUCCUCAGAAUACGCCAAACCAACGCUGCUUUUACAGACACAAUCUCCUUGCGUCUACUCAACGACGAUAAAAAUACAGAAGUAUCUGCCGUCGUGGGGAGUAGCUGGACCGAUGUCAAGGCGACAGCGGUGUCUGUUCCUUUUAUCAACACGCCAUAUGGCAGCGUAAGGCCUGUGAUCGAGUACGAGUUCCCAAAGGGGUCGAAGAUCCUACCGGUCUACCACGAAGGAGACAAUGAUGAAGAAAGCUUUUUCGCCGUCUGGGACAGCCAGAAUGCUGAAUUUGCGCUGAUCCAAACCUAUUAUGUGAACAUACUGGUCCCUGCCCGGAACAAGGCCGAUCUGAAGAAGAUGCCAGGCUCGAAAAGCAUCGAAGGUUUGGCUACCUUCUAUCGAUCAUUGUUCACCUUUUAUAAUGAAAUGGCCGGCGUCUCGUUCAACCCACAGCGCCCCACGGAUCUCAAUUCGCGCAAUCGUUAUUUUCUCAAGGCCGACAAGCACGGUGCAGGAGCUGCGUACUACGGUGAUAACUGGUCCGCCGAAUCGACUUCCUCUGUCAGCAGCUUUUGGCUUAGGCCAGAAGCUACCAGCUGGGGCUGUUUGCAUGAAAUUGCCCAUGGCUAUGAAGGACAUUUUAUGGAGGACAAGCACUUCUCCGUGGGAGAGGUGUGGAACAACAUUUAUGGCGCCUGUUAUCAGAACGUCAUGUUAGGCGAUCGUAAGUUUAAAGAAGGCUGGCUCUACGACUACGGCCACCAAGCCCGCGUGGAAAAAACUAUCAAUGAAUAUAUUGAUCAGGGCAAAGCGGUAAACUCCUGGGGCCUUCGUGAAAAACUAUAUUUCCUUAUUUUGAUGAUAGAACAAGCUGGCCACAACACAUUCACCCAUUUCAACCAGCAAUAUCGUUUGAUGAGCAAUACAGAUGGCUUCGUCGGACGUAAGCUUGGCUUGUUGGAUAUGCUAUCGGACAGCUUUGCCAGCUCGGGCCGCCAGAUUGAUGUGACAGCAUUUGUGCGGCUCGUCGGUGGCUAUAUCAGCCCGACACAGGCUCAGCGGAACCUAUACGGGCCUGCCAAAGCUGUGUAUCCCCUCAACCGUUUUCUGGAGGGUGAGACUUUAGCGAAAUCCCAACAGCAGCUGAAAUUGGAUAGCCCUAUAUGCCUGGUGACAGUUGAGCAAAUGCUGAUGACGGGCCAAAGAGGAGACGUUACGUUUGAGUUCGAAAUCGACCACUUCAGCCAGAUUUACGGUGGGGAUAUCUGUUUCUUAGAGGGCGCUCGCAACCAUAAAAUGACCCUUCUUACCCCGAAAAUGAACAUUCCUGGUGGCGCCCCCAUCGGCGUAUACAAAGUGCAUCUUCCCACGGGCCGAGACAUCAAGUACGAAAGGAAGUUCGAAUAUAUGAUUGUUAAGCCCGGGUCAAACACCAUACCCAUAAAAUAUGCUCGCAAGACAACUUCAUCGAUAGUCUCACAAGAAAUAAACUUGCUCGGCCUAGGAGACAGUGAAUUCUGUAGUGUGAUAAUUGACCAAGCUGACAGGGUCAUAAAGGUGGAAGUCACUACAACGAGCCCACACGCUUAUUUCCCUGACCAGACUUAUGCUGAAGUGGUGAUUAAAGAUACAGGCGGCAAGGAGCUUUAUAAGGUUACUAUUCCAGGAACACAUGCGACCAUAAGCCAGAGAGAGUUGAAGUUUGAGCCCGGCUACCAGCUACAUAUAUUCCACAAAGAACCAAGCCGCGUGCGUCUUUCGCCAUCUUUUGAUGGUGUCAUCGAUUCAAAGGCAACGUCCAAUAACUUCGACAUAACCGCGAGCGGCUUGAAGAACAAGUCAUUGAAAAAUGACCCGUUUUUGGGAUUAUUGGCGCGGAUCGAUACCGCAGCAACCACGCUCCGUGGUUACUACGCUAUGAUGCAGGCAGAGAGCAUGGCGAAAGUGGAUAUCUGUCUUGCCAUCGAUCUAUUCCCCAGCCCUCAGCGUGAAGACCUCAGGAAGAAGUAUGCGGAUUGCCUCCCGGCCAACAGGGAUUCGCCUGGCGAGGGAUUGGGAAAUUCAUUUACCUUUGGGUUUAACGGCAUCAGCGAUCAUCGUUUCCUGACAGUCGAAAUGGAUAUUGUGACCAGGAAGAUGAGCGUGAGUCUGGCCGCCGGCGUUGCGCACCACUACUUCUCCGACACAUAUGCGUCGUUCCGAUACGUGGAUGCCAAUGGCCGAGAGCAACUCAACUUAGACAUUAAGGGCGUUGAGAACCAGAAAGAACAAAAAUGGACGUUCAGGAUGUCUGGCGAAGGAGGCGAAGUGAUCCACAUCCGCCAUGAAGAAGCACCCUCCCGCCUGCUUAUUCAGAACAAUAUGCAGAACAUUAGGCUCUCCCGUCGUGAUGUCCGCCAGAACUACCGUCUCACGGAGAUUUCGCUGGACCACAUGGCCGGGUAA